GCGUCAAUUCUUUUCUUUCCUUUCCUUUCCUCCCGCUGCCUCCGGUUCGUCCGCCGCUGACACUGGUGCUGCCGCGCCGCCCGGGGUGGUCGUCAGCAGCCGCCACUCCGCCGCCGCCGGUGCGCGCAGCGGAGGGUGCGAGCGGUCACCCAGACGCUCGAGCUGCCACUAUCGCCUGCGGACGGCGAUUCCUCCCCCCCGUUCGGUCGCCACGGUUGGCUUCUUCCAUCCGCGACGGUGGAGGCGGCCUCCGGAGAAGCGAAGUGAGCUGUUGACCGGAAACGAGUGCUUUGGCUCUAGUUGGUACCUGCAGAGGCAAUGGAAGACGACAGAGACACGCUCCGGGUACUUGUGGCCACUGAUUGCCAUCUGGGCUACAUGGAGAAGGACGAGAUACGCAGGUUUGAUUCGUUCGAGGCAUUUGAGGAGAUAUGCUCGUUAGCAAAGCAGAAGGAGGUAGACUUUGUGCUUCUCGGUGGUGACCUGUUCCAUGAGAACAAGCCUUCACGUUCGACCUUGGUCAAGACCAUUGAGAUUCUACGUCGCUACUGCCUAAAUGACCUGCCAGUCAAGUUCCAGGUUGUCAGUGAUCAGACAGUCAACUUCCCAAACAGAUUCGGCCACGUAAACUAUGAAGACCCACAUUUCAAUGUUGGCUUGCCUGUGUUCACUAUCCAUGGAAAUCAUGAUGACCCUGCUGGGGUGGAUAACCUCUCUGCUAUUGAUAUCCUUUCGGCUUGCAAUCUUGUAAAUUAUUUUGGGAAGAUGGACCUUGGCGGCUCUGGUGUUGGUCAAAUAGCCGUCCAUCCAGUACUUGUUAAAAAGGGUACAACUACAGUUGCACUAUAUGGCCUUGGAAACAUUAGAGAUGAGCGACUGAACAGAAUGUUUCAGACACCACAUUCAGUACAAUGGAUGCGACCUGAAAGUCAAGAGGGUCUGUCAGUAUCUGACUGGUUCAAUAUCCUGGUACUUCAUCAGAAUAGGAUAAAGACAAACCCGAAAAGUGCCAUCAAUGAGCAUUUCUUACCACGUUUUCUAGAUUUCGUGGUAUGGGGCCAUGAGCAUGAAUGCCUUAUUGACCCGCAGGAGGUCCCUGGAAUGGGUUUUCACAUCACACAGCCAGGCUCAUCAGUUGCAACCUCCCUGAUUGAUGGUGAAGCAAAACCAAAGCAUGUUCUUUUGUUAGAAAUCAAGGGAAACCAGUAUAGGCCAACCAAAAUACCUUUGAUGACCGUUAGACCUUUUGAGUAUGCUGAGGUUGUGUUGAAAGAUGAAGCAGAUGUCGACCCUAAUGAUCAGGCCUCUGUUCUUGAACAUUUGGAUAAAAUUGUAAGAAAUCUGAUUGAAAAGAGUAGUCAACCAGCAGCCAGUAGAUCUGAAGCCAAACUUCCAUUAGUUCGAAUCAAGGUAGAUUACUCUGGGUUUUCAACAAUAAACCCACAACGAUUUGGUCAGAAGUAUGUCGGCAAGGUUGCAAACCCCCAAGAUAUUCUCAUUUUCUCAAAAGCAGCAAAGAAGCGUCAGACUACUACAGGAGAGAAUAUCGACGAGUCCGAGAAACUUCGUCCUGAGGAACUAAACCAACAAACUAUUGAAGCUUUGGUCGGAGAAAAUAACUUGAAAAUGGAGAUUCUUCCAGUUGACGACUUGGACAUUGCAUUGCAUGACUUCGUCAGCAAGGAUGACAAGACCGCAUUCUAUGCCUGUUUGCAGCGAAAUCUGGAUGAAACCAGGAAAAAACUGAAUUCUGAAGCAGAGAAAUUUAAAAUCGAGGAAGAAGAUAUAAUAGUUAAAGUCGGCGAGUGCAUGCAGGAACGUGUAAAGGAAAUAUCCCUCCGCUCCAAGGGAGACACAGGGCUCGCAUCAAGCACUCAAAAUUUGGAUACUACUAGAGGUAAAUCUGUAGCAGCUGAAAGUAGUCUGAACACUUUUAGUGAUGACGAGGACACCCGGGAGUUGCUUCUUGGUACCAGAUCAACCAGGUCAACAGCUGGUUUUACUAGACCUUCUAAAGAUGCUACUGGUGCCGCUAAAGGUGGAGCUUCCAAAAGAGGCAGGGGGAAAGGCUCAUUGAAACAAACCACUCUUAGUUUCAGUCAAUCAAGGUCAAGUGCUGCUAUUCGCAGUGAGGAUGUGGACUCUUCCUCGGAUGAGGAUGCAGGGGACGGAGCAAAUGAAGUUGUUGAAAAUUCAGAACCUGAGGACAGUUUCCCACAAAGUGGACGGAAGAGGCCGGCUCCUAGAGGUAGAGGUCGGGCCAGAGGCACUACCACCGCAAAAAGAGGGAGGAAAGCCGACACCGGUUCCAUGCCGAGCAUGGUGAUGAGCAAAGAUGAUGACAGCGACGAAGAUGACAAGCCUAAGAAACCUCCGCCUCGGGCCACGAGGAACUACGGAGCCGUCAAGAGGAGAUGAUUCUCGUUCUUGUGAAAUGAUUUGGAGAAUCAAGGGCGGGGUUAGAAUAGCUGGUGUGCUCCCAUCAACCUGGCUGGCGGUCUGUUUGCAGUGAACGACAAGUGGAAACUCGAUUACACGUUCUCGUGUACCAUGUAAUUUAUAUGCUUGUAGCUGCUAAACCCUGGUAGUACUAGUUUGCCAGUUUACCAUUGGGAACUAUUAUCAUCGAAAAUACAUACACUCUGUUCCAGGCUGUCUGUCGUGUGACUAACUAGGGAUGGGAACUGGGUCCCGUUUAAUCCCGUUUAAAUCCA